CUUCAGUUCAGCCUCUAUUUAACGUUUCAGUAAGAUGCAACUUCAACUUUCAAUCAAAUAUUUUUUUUAUUUAAGUUUCAAAUAUAUUAUUGUUUUAUGGUAAUAGAAUGGAUUAUUUGUCAUUUUUAAAUCAUAAGAAAGAACCUGUGCUGAACUUAUAGAAAUACGAAACAAGUAACAGAAGACAUAGUGGAUUUGUUUAAUUUCUAUUUGUUAUAGAUAGUCUGUUAUGAGACAGUUAGCUUUAAAAACAAAAGGAUUUCCACCACCCCUGGGCAGCUGGUUUAAGGAAAGGAAAUUAUGUUCCCAGGCAGGAGAUGGUCAGAGCUGUUUCAUUCUGGACAGGAGCACUGCUGGUCAGGAGGUCAGGUGACUGAUAGUCAGCGUAGACAGAUGGGUUGUCCCACAAGCAAUGUGGAUAUGGCAGACAUGAGUGCAGCUGACACGGGCUCUAAGACCUUGCUGAGUGCUAGAGAUCUUACAUCGUGGGCCCGCAUUGAUGCCAGGUGGUCAGAAUUGAGGAGGGCUGAUCAUGGUGCAUGCCAGCAUACUUGCCAACAAAAUGAGCCAAAUGAAGCCCAAUGUUCAAUGUAUCCACAAUGUGGUCAUGAAAUGUCACCAUGGUCUUCCACUGAACUUUCUUUUCUUGAUAAAGAUACAAAUUUUGAUAGUGAUCAUACCAGAAUAUCACCUAAACAAAAAAGUGAGGAUCCAGAUGUACUAGGACAUUUAUCCGAGCAAAUAAAGUCAUCUUUAGCAGGAUAUAAUUCUUCAGACUCUCAAUGGAUAUUACUCCAUGUAUUUUACCUCCUAAAAAGUAAUUUUGUUGUGCAUGCUGCUGAAAAAGACCCACCACUUAGUGGAACAGACACGUCCAAUGGUCAACUGUCCAGUCAUCUGACUGGAGAAAACCUCAAUGCCAACAUUGUCACAGGUCAUGGCGCCAUUAAUACAGGAGUUUCAGUCAGAAGGCGGGGUCAGAUAUUCCUAAGGUCUAGUCAUCCCCACAUCAACGGUAAUGGAGAACACUUUCACCACGAGGAACACCAUAUCAACCAGAAGGUGUCCAACAGACACAAAAUCCUCACGUCUCUAAUGGCUGGGGGCCUGGCAGGGGCGAUUGCUAAAACUACCAUUGCUCCUCUAGACAGAACUAAAAUCAACUUCCAAACCUCCGAUCAAAAGUUUUCUCCCAGGAGGGCGGUGGAGUUCAUCAAGCGGGUAUACCAGACAGAGGGAUUCCGGGCGCUGUGGCGGGGCAACUCAGCCACCAUGGUGAGGGUUGUACCAUACGCUGCCAUCCAGUACUCGGCACAUGAGCAGUAUAAGCUGCUUUUUAACAAGGGUAGCAACAAGAAACACUUGCCACCUGUACGGAGAGCCAUGGCUGGGUCCCUUGCAGGUAUUACUGCAACUAGUCUAACCUAUCCACUAGACUUCGCAAGGGCUCGCAUGGCAGUUACUGCCAAGGAAAGGUAUGGUAACCUGCUGAUUGUGUUCCGCACUGUUUGGAGGGAAGAGGGCUGGAGGAUAUUCAUGAAAGGCUACACUCCAACUGUUCUUGGCUCCUGCAUCUACUCUGGCAUUAGCUUUUUCACAUAUGAAACACUCAAAAAAGAACAUGCAAGUUACUCCAUGGGUGUGGAUCCCACUCCAUUCACUCGCUGGUGUUUUGGCGCAUGUGCAGGCAUCCUUGGUCAGUGCACGUCGUACCCACUGGACAUUGUCAGGAGACGCAUGCAGACUGCAGGUGUGACGGGCCACUCGGCAGACUACACGACCAUUUUGAGAACCGCCCUCAGUGUGUACCGCAGUGAGGGGCUCAAGGGGGGCCUCUACAAGGGGCUAAGCAUGAACUGGAUCAAGGGGCCCAUCUCUGCUGGGAUCAGCUUCAUGGUGUUUGAGACAGUACAGCGGUGGCUCAGAAAGUUCCCUGUCUUCCACAUCGACGAGUAGAUGUCUACAUGUAUGCACUGUCUGUGUGUACACAUCGAUGAGUAGCUGUUUACAUGUAUGCACUGUAUGUGUGUACACAUCGAUGAGUAGAUGUCUAUAUGUAUGCACUGUCUGUGUGUACACAUCGAUGAGUAGAUGUCUAUAUGUAUGCACUGUCUGUGUGUACACAUCGAUGAGUAGAUGUCUAUAUGUAUGCACUGUCUGUGUGUACACAUUGAUGAGUAGCUGUCUACAUGUAUGCACUGUCUGUGUGUACACAUCGAUGAGUAGAUGUCUAUAUGUAUGCACUGUCUGUGUGUACACAUCGAUGAGUAGAUGUCUAUAUGUAUGCACUGUCUGUGUGUACACAUUGAUGAGUAGCUGUCUACAUGUAUGCACUGUCUGUGUGUACACAUUUACAUGUAGCUGUCUACAUGUAUGCACUGUCUAUGUGUACACAUUGAUGAGUAGAUGUCUUCAUGUAUGCACUGUCUGUGUGUACACAUCGAUGAGUAGAUGUCUACAUGUAUGCACUGUCUGUGUGUACACAUCGAUGAGUAUAUGUCUAUAUGUAUGCACUGUCUGUCUGUACACAUUGAUGAGUAGCUGUUUACAUGUAUGCACUGUCUGUGUGUACACAUUGACGAGUAGCUGUCUACAUGUAUGCACUGUCUGUGUGUACACAUUUACGAGUAGCUGUCUACAUGUAUGCACUGUCUGUGUGUACACAUUAACGAGUAGCUGUCUACAUGUAUGCACUGUCUGUGUGUACACAUUGACAAGUAGCAGUCUACACGUAUGCACUGUCUGUGUGUACACAUUGACGAGUAGCAGUCUACACGUAUGCACUGUCUGUGUGUCUUAUAAAUUAGCUGUGCUCUGAAAAAAUGGGGCCUUAUGCAUGUGCGUUAAGGGUCAAAGUCCCAAAUAAGCCCGUGCAGUUUGCAAAAGUCCAGUUUUGGCAGAAAAUGUCAUCCCUGAUUAGCCUGAUUAAUCUGGGACAACACUUUGCGCACACGCAUCAAGCCCCAUUAUCCAGAGCAAGACUCAGGUAUUUGUUAUGUGUCCGUAUUGCUUAUAAAUGUGAGAUUUUUGAUAUGAAAUGAUAGAAUAUAUGGUAAGAAUGUUUAUUUCAAAAAAAAAUAAAAUAUUUCAUUGAGGCAUUAUAUCCUAGACUUUAGUGUUUCUCUGUUCUCCUUAAGAUUUGAAUUAUGUAUGAUUGUUGCCAUGGAUGCGUGCAGAUUUUAAGCAACGAAACUUUAAAUAUUGCAGCUUUGCACUUAACCCAGCCCAUGCAUGCCUGACACCUGUAGCUGAUUUCCAGACAAGUGUUUUAUUGUAAUACCUCUUACAAUUCUAUGUGUUUGUUUUAUAUAUUGCACAGGAGAUUAUGUGGCCUGGCAAUCAAUUAUGAAUAUACGCCAAAAUUUUGAUAUGCAGUUUAAAUAAAUGAUGAACUAAAUGUAAAGCCAACAAUAAGUUGAAAGCAUUUUUAUUUCCAUAAGUUGAAAGCACUUUCCUGAGCCUCACAGAGUGAUUACUGCUGCUAUUUGCAGACGACAUAUUUUGUCCAGUACUCUAGUUGAAAUUUGUGGUUUACAGAAUUACACAUUAAUAUAGCAGUCUGACCAAGAGCUACCCUCCCCUCUAUAGAGUUAUGCAUGGUUGUAUGGUCUCAUUUGGGGAAAUUAUAACCCUUUAUUAGUGUACACUUAUGCAGAUUCAUAACUGAAAUAACACUGUUCAGAUAUGAGCUAGGCCCAUACAGAAACACUUUCAUCAUGGAUAAUGACAGAGACGCAGAUCUACGUCUCUGAUAAUGCGAAUCCCACAGUGCUAACAUCCCCACUGUGCUUUCCUUCUCCAGACCUAUAUCACAUACUUGAUAUAUUAACCCUUUGCAUGCUGGGAAAUUUGUAGUCUGCUAAAAUGUCGUCUGCUGAAUUUGUAAAAUUAGCAUUUUCUUAGAAUUUUUUCAAAGAAUACUAUCAGAAUAGCAAACAGUUUGGAUCCUGAUAAGACGCCACGUUUUGUGGCGUCUCAUCUGGAUCCAAACUGUUUGCAAAGGCCUUUAAAAUUCGGUUCCAGCGCUUAAAGGGUUAACUUGCAAUUGUAUUUUGUCACUUUUACAUACUUGACAUAUUAACUUGAUAGAUUAACUUGCUAUUGUAUUUUGUGUCAGUUAUAUAUGCUAAGAACAGUUAUAUCAAUUAUGAAACAUGUUAAAAUGAUAUGUGUUAUUGUUUUUCAUAAUAGACCAUGGUAUGAAUUAAGCGUUAUUUACAUAAAUUUCCAAAGUAUGUUACAUAUUAAUUGCUACCACUAUUGGUCUGUUAAAUUCUUGAAUAAAGAAUAGAAAGUGUGAAA